GUCACAGAGAUCCGAAAUUUGAAUCUCUGGUAACUUUCUUUUUAACAGAUCGAUCAGUCUAGAGUUAGGGUUUCACAAUUACAUGUCUCAGAUAUUGUAAUUUUUUGGUAACAAUUUGGGAAUUGUUGAGUCUCUUUUAGCGAUGGAAGAAGGUAAACGGAGGAAGAUUCACCUGCAAUUUGUUUUGCUACUUUUGAUCGGUUGCUUUGUUUCUCAGCAAUGCGCUUCUUCUGAUGUGAUAUUUUACGAGUCAUUUGAUGAACAUUUCAAGGAUCGAUGGAUUGUGUCCGAGAAAGACGAAUAUAAAGGUGUAUGGGAACAUGAGAAGAGUGAGGGACAUGAUGACUAUGGGCUUCUUGUGAGCGAGAAUGCCAGGAAAUAUGCAAUUGUGAAAGAGCUUGAUGAGCCUGUGAAUCUCAAGGAUGGAACUACUGUCCUUCAGUUUGAAACUCGUUUUCAAAAUGGACUUGAAUGUGGUGGUGCUUAUCUGAAAUAUCUGCGACCUCAGGAAGCUGGGUGGUCAUCCAAGGAGUUCAGCAAUGAGUCCCCCUACUCUAUAAUGUUUGGACCUGAUAAAUGUGGGGCCACAGACAGGGUUCACUUUAUUCUCAAGCAUAGGAAUCCCAAGAGUGGGGAAUACGUUGAACACAAUCUCAAGUUCCCACCCUCUGUGCCAUUGGACAAAGUAACCCAUGUUUAUACUGCUAUUCUGGGACCUGCUAAUGAGUUGAAAAUCCUGAUUGAUGGGGACGAGAGGAGGAAGGCUAAUUUCCUUGAUUCCAGCGAUUUCGAGCCAGCACUUAUUCCUGACAAGACGAUUCCUGAUCCAGACGAUAACAGGCCUGAGGACUGGGAUGAGAGGGAGAAAAUCCAGGAUCCAGAUGCAGUAAAACCAGAUGACUGGGAUGAGGAUGCACCCAUUGAAAUUGAAGAUGAGGAAGCUGUAAAACCUGAGGGAUGGUUAGAUGAUGAGCCUGGAGAGAUUGAUGAUCCUGAUGCUACAAAACCAGAAGAUUGGGAUGACGAGGAGGAUGGUGAGUGGGAAGCACCAAAAAUUGAUAACCCAAAAUGCGAGACUGCCCCUGGCUGCGGUGAGUGGAAGAGGCCAAUGAAGAAGAAUCCCGAUUACAAGGGGAAAUGGCAUGCCCCACUUAUUGACAACCCUGAUUACAAGGGUGUUUGGAGGCCACAGCAAAUUCCAAACCCCAACCACUUUGAACUUGACAGACCUGACUUUGAGCCUAUUGCUGCUAUUGGCAUUGAGAUUUGGACAAUGCAGGAUGGCAUACUGUUUGAUAACAUCUUAAUAGCUAGUAACGAAAAAGUAGCGAAAUCUUACAGGGAGACCACAUGGAAACCGAAAUUCACAGUUGAGGAGGAGAAACUAAAAGCUGAAGGAGCAGGUGCAGGUGGUUCCGAUGGUCUCAAAAACUUCCAGAAGGCAGUAUCUGAUGUCCUCUACAAGAUUGCAGACGUCCCUUUUCUUAGUGCACACAAGCUUAAAAUUUUGGAUAUCAUUGAACAGGCAGAGAAACAACCAAACCUUACAAUUGGCAUCGUAGUCUCCAUCAUAGUGGUUAUCUUCACAGUUCUCGGGAAGAUCAUUUUUGGUGGGAAGAAGCCAGCAAAUGUCAGCGCCCAGACAAAAAACACAGGAGCUGAGGCUUCCAACAAUCAAGGAAGUGGCGAAAAGAAGGAAGAGCAGAAAAACAAGGACGACACUACAGCUGCUCCUCGUAAGAGGAACUCCAGGCGCGAGAAUUAGGUAAAGAAGAGAGAGGAACCGAGAGGGGCUAGUGGUUGUUAGUUUCACUUUUGGUAGAUUCAGAGCAUGGUUGCUUUCCGUGCUGAAAUUUUCAACUGAGCUACGUAGUAUGCAAUUUUUUUUUUAUAUAUAUUUUUUUCCGCAUUGGAAACAAUUUAACGUAUGAGAAUGUAUAUGAGAUUUUUAAUCUGGUUCUGAACCACGAAUUAUUUUCCUUUAUCAAGAGAGAUAAAUUGAGAUUUCGGAGUU